AUGAGGCGCGGCGAGCGGCGGGGCCUCGGCGCCGCCCUGGGCAAGGCUGCCCUGGAGGAACAACAGCCGCCGCAACAGCCCCCAGUGCCCAACGGCGGCGGCCCCGCCGCGGAGCGGCCCACGCCGCCCGGCGCUGAGAGGGACAGCCCCGGCCUGCGCCGUAGCACCGAGUCCGAGGUGUACGACGACGGUACCAACACCUUCUUCUGGAGAGCUCAUACCCUAACAGUCUUGUUCAUCCUCACCUGUGCACUGGGCUACGUCACCUUGCUGGAAGAAACCCCUCAAGACACAGCCUACAACACAAAGAGAGGUAUUGUUGCCAGUAUUUUGGUUUUCCUCUGUUUUGGAGUUACACAGGCUAAAGAUGGACCAUUUUCAAGACCUCAUCCAGCUUACUGGAGGUUCUGGCUGUGUGUCAGCGUUGUGUAUGAGCUCUUCCUCAUCUUCAUACUCUUUCAGACCGUGCAGGAUGGCAGACAGUUCAUGAAGUACAUUGACCCACACCUGGGGGUGCCUUUGCCAGAAAGAGACUAUGGGGGCAACUGUCUUAUUUAUGACCCUGGCAAUGCCACUGAUCCCUUCCACAACGUCUGGGACAAGCUGGAUGGCUUUGUUCCUGCUCACUUCUUUGGCUGGUACCUGAAGACGCUGAUGAUUCGAGACUGGUGGAUGUGUAUGAUCAUCAGUGUGAUGUUUGAGUUCCUGGAGUACAGCCUGGAGCACCAGCUCCCCAACUUCAGUGAAUGCUGGUGGGAUCACUGGAUAAUGGAUGUGAUCUUAUGCAAUGGAUUAGGAAUUUACUGUGGGAUGAAGACUCUGUCUUGGCUUUCUCUGAAAACUUACAAAUGGCAAGGACUCUGGAACAUUCCUACCUACAAGGGGAAGAUGAAGAGAAUUGUCUUCCAGUUCACCCCAUACAGCUGGGUCAAGUUUGAGUGGAAGCCAGCCUCCAGCUUACGCAGAUGGCUUGCAGUUUGUGGCAUCAUCUUUGUCUUUCUCCUGGCAGAGCUGAACACCUUUUACUUGAAGUUUGUGCUGUGGAUGCCCCCCGAGCACUACCUGGUGCUGCUGCGUCUCGUCUUCUUCGUCAACGUGGGAGGGGUGGCCAUGAGGGAGAUCUACGACUUCAUGGAUGACCCGAAGUUCCACAAGAAGCUGGGCCAGCAGGCCUGGCUGGUUGCUGCUAUUACUGCCACCGAGUUCCUGAUCGUGGUGAAGUACGACCCCCACACCCUGACUCUCUCCCUUCCCUUCUACAUCACCCAGUGCUGGAUCCUGGGGAUCAUCCUGCUGCUCACCUGGACAGCCUGGCGCUUCUUCAUCCGGGACAUCACUCUGCGGUACAAGGAGAUCAGGAGGCAGAAGCAGGAGCACAGGCAGGAGAAGGACAAAUGCCUGAGCAAUGGAGAUGGACACUCCUCAGUGCUGCAGGAACAGACUGGGAGCAAACUGAGGGAGAGGAAGCUCUGAACGCCAGACAGAAGGCUGGAAGGAACUUGUAGU